UCCCGGCUGCGAAGGGACGACUGGCCUCUGCCGCCUCCGCGAGCUGUUCCUGCGGCGCGCCUUCCCCGGAGGAACCGGUCGCGCUGUGCUCGGGCGCCCAGCACAGCCCCAGCCCCCGCCCCGGCGUGGGGGCGCUGGGCCCGCGCGUGCGCAGCGCCUGAGGGGCGCGGGCCGGGACCCCCGCCCGGCGCGUGCGCGGACGCAGCACUGGGCGGCGGGCGCGCGCCGGGAUGAGUCUCCGAGCGCAGUAGCAGCACUGAGAAGAUCGGGGGCCAAGAGGAGCGCGCGCCGCCCGCGCCGGGCCGGGCCAUGGCGUUCCUGGCCGGGCCGCGCCUGCUGGAUUGGGCCAGCUCACCGCCGCACCUGCAGUUCAACAAGUUCGUGCUGACUGGCUACCGGCCGGCCAGCAGCGGCUCCGGCUGUCUACGCAGCCUCUUCUACCUGCACAACGAGCUGGGCAACAUCUACACGCACGGGCUGGCCCUCCUAGGCUUCCUGGUGCUGCUGCCGAUGACCAUGCCUUGGGGUCAGCUGGGCAAGGAUGGCUGGCUGUGGGGCACACACUGUGUGGCCUGCCUGGCCCCUCCCACAGGCUCUGUGCUCUACCAUCUCUUCAUGUGCCACCAAGGGGGCAGCCCUGUGUAUACUCGGCUCCUUGCCCUGGAUAUGUGUGGGGUCUGCCUUGUCAACACCCUAGGGGCUCUGCCCAUCAUCCACUGCACCCUGGCCUGUAGGCCCUGGCUGCGCCCAGCCGCCCUGGUGGGCUACACUGUGCUAUCAGGCGUGGCUGGCUGGCGGGCCCUCACCGCUCCCUCCACCAGUGCCCGGCUCCGCGCCUUUGGUUGGCAGGCUGCUGCCCGCCUCCUGGUGUUUGGGGCCCGAGGAGUGGGGCUGGGCUCUGGGGCUCCGGGCUCCCUGCCCUGCUACCUGCGUAUGGACGCGCUGGCACUGCUCGGGGGACUGGUGAACGUGGCCCGGCUGCCAGAGCGCUGGGGACCCGGCCGCUUCGAUUACUGGGGCAACUCGCACCAGAUCAUGCACCUGCUCAGCGUGGGCUCCAUCCUCCAGCUGCAUGCCGGUGUCGUGCCUGACCUGCUCUGGGCCUCCCGCCACGCCUGCCCCCCCGACUGAGCCACCUCCCGCCCGCCACGCCGGCCUCUCUACAGUCUUCUAGGACCAACAGUGCCCUGCUCCGCUCCUGCUGCCGGUGUCCAAGGGCUGCUUCCUGGGCACUUCCCACCAACAGGACUCGGCAUCUGUUUGUCCAUUCUUCCCUGUGGACAGGACCAGCCUCUUCGAUCCACACCUCGGAGCUCCACCUCCCAUCCUUGCCUUCUUUUGGGGUACUGUCUGUGUAGGCUAGAAGGAAACCUUUCCUUCCUGGGCCUCAGUUUAUCUUCUGUGACCUUGGAGGGUAUGGCCAGAGGGUUCUGGGGUCAUGUCUUGCUAUGACAGAAUUCUACCGGCCCAGAGCUGUCACCCCACCCUGCCCCACACAUAAGGUACCCCAUGGGUGCCUUGCCCAGCCUUCAGCCCUAUUUCCUGACCUCUGCAUGCCAGCCCUCCCAGCUGCCUGAGGCUCACCCUCCCCUUCAACUUUCUGUCCAGAGACCGUGGACUGAGGGGUUUGGUCAACAGGACCAGCCUCUUAUCCCAGGACCAAGGGACAGGAGGGGGCUGCAGCUGCUGUUUCCAAGCAGCUGGCACAGAGACUCGAAGACCUGAGUGGGCUGAGGGCCCACCCUCCACCCUGAGUGCUAUGCACUGAUGGCUCAACCAACAUACUGGGGACGUGCCUGCUCAGGAAGUCUCUGCAAAGCGCAUGCUCCUAGCCCCAGUGUGCUGGCCUGGGGCCCUGCAUCAGGGCUCAGCCACUGCCCAUCACAGGGCCACAGACCCUGUGCGACAUCAAUAAAUGGGGCAGGAAGAGCUGUUACCACACACGCAA